UUUUCUAAAUUUGCAAAUAAGAUAAAUAUUAUUUGCACUUCAAGUUACUCAGAAAAUUCCAAUGGCCAAUUUAAUAAAGAAAAAGAAAAAACCAUACAGUGAUGAUAUUCCACCUCCUCUUCCUCCCAAAGACAAGGAAUUAUUUAAUUAUUCAAGAGGAAAUAUUGAAGUACCACACAACAUGCAUAAUAACGACCCUCAAUCCAUGUACCAAAAGCCUAGAGUCAAAAUUCCCAUAAUACUUAGUUCACUACGUGGAAAGGCUAACAAAGCUAUUAAAAAUGAUAAUCGUCAAGAAGCUCUUAAAUGUCUUAAUGAACUAAUUGUAUCUUAUCCGGAUAAUUACAAAGCGAGAUGUGAUAGAGCUGAAAUUUAUCAACAUCUACGAAAAUACGAGGAAGCCAUAAAGGAUUUAAAUUUAGCUAUAGAUAAAAAACCAAAUAAAGCCAGAGCUUAUUAUAUAAGAGGAUUGAUCCAUAAUGAAACAAAUCAAUUAGGUUUAGCAAAAAAUGAUUUAAACACUGCGAUAAAGAGAGAUGCAAAUGAUUCUAGAGCAUUGGAGUCAUUAAAAAUUUGUGCACAAAUUGACAUUAAUGAGCAGAGUUUUGAUCAAGCAUUAAUAAAUUUAAGUAAAUUAUUGGAAAUUGAUGGGAAAAAUAUUUGGGCUUUACGUACCAGAGGUGAAAUUUAUUUUGAUCAAGAAAAAUUUUCUGAAGCUUUGAAAGAUAUGAAUAAUACCUUAAGCAUUGAACCUAAAAACGUUGCUGCCAUUGAAUUGAGAGGAACUAUACAUAGGAAAUUAUCCAAUUAUGAUGAAGCAAUGAAAGAUUUUAAUAGGGCAUUAAAGCUGAUUCCGGGGGAUCCAGGUUUUUUAUUAAAAAGAGCGAAAAUAUAUAGAUUGCAAUCUAAAUAUCAAGAAGGGUUGGAUGAUAUUGAAAAAUUACUUUUAUCAAAUGUUGAAGUGGAUUUUCAAAUUUUACGAACUCGUGGUAAAAUUUAUCGUGGUUUAUGUAGAUAUAAGGAGGCAUUAGCUGAUUUUACUGCAGCUUCAAAGAAAAAACAAAAAUCUUCAAUUUAUGCUAGAAGAGCGGAAAUAUACAAAAUAUUAAGACAAUAUGAUAAUGCUUUACAUGAUUUAGAUACAGCAUUAAAAAUUAAUCCUAAAGAGAAGGAUGUAUCUGGAAUGCGUAGUCAGGUCUUGGCUCAAUUGGCUAAAUUUGAUGAAGCAUUAGAAGAAUUAAACAGUACAUUGAGUAAUAAGCCAAAAGAUACGACCGCACUUUCUGAAAGGGGAAAAAUCUAUCGUGCAAUAAAUCGUCAUGACGAAGCAUUAAAUGAUUUAAACACAGCUCUAAGUAUUAAUUCAAAAUGUUUUCGUGCUCUCUUAUAUCGUUCUAAAUUGUAUCGUGAUCAAAAACGAUAUGAAGAAGCAUUGUCAGAUCUUGAUGCUGCUUUGGUAAUUAAUCCUAAUAAUCCUCAGAUAUUAAGAAAUAGAGGGAAAUUGUAUACUUUAAUGCAAAUGUAUGAUAAAGCGCAAAUAGAUUUAGAUAAGUCUUUGAAAUUGGUAGAUCACCCUUCAGCUUUGAGAUAUCGAGGUAAGACUUUAUCAAAGAUGAAGAAAUAUGAUUUAGCCAUUAAGGAUUUCGAUAGAGCAUUAGAAAUUAAACCUGUUAGUGGAAAUAUAUUCCUAGAUCGUGGUGAAUGUUAUUUCAAUUCCAAAAAAUACAAAGAAGCGUUAAAAGAUUUGAAUAAAUCAUUGGAAUUUGAUGAAAAUCCUUAUUCAUUUGAAUUACGAUCUUCAGUUUAUGAAGAACUUAAAAAUUACAAAGAUGCCUUAGCUGAUAUGAAUAGAGUUAUUCAUAUCAAUCCAAAUGACGUGAAGGUAUUGAAAAGAAGAGCAAAUUUAUUUGAAAGAUCUCAACAAUUUCAAGAAUCUCUUAUUGAUUGGUUACAAAUUAAGAAAUCUUUACCAAAAGAUAUCCAAGUAUUAGAAAAUUGUGGAAGAUUGUUAUUUGAAUUAUGCAGAUAUGAUGAAGCAUUAGAAGUAUUUGAUGAUGCUAUUAAAUUGGAGCCUAAUAAUCUCUCAUUUAUUUGUUACCAUGCCAAGAUUCUUCAAGAACAAAAACGUUAUGAAGAAGCAAUAAAUGAACUUAGUGUUGCCAUGGAAAAUCAAGGUGACAAAUGUGAAUUGUUUGUUACAAGGGGAGCUAUUUAUAAGUCUAUGGGGAAAUUUAAAGAAAGUUUACAGGAUCUAAAUAAAGCAUUGAAAUUUGAACUUCCAUCUGGAAAUAAAUUAUUGACCGAAGCUUAUUGUUAUAGAGGUAGUAUUUAUCGUUCUUUACAUAAAAAUGAAGAUGCUUUGAAAGAUUUAAAUAUUGCUUUAAAGAGAGAUCCUGAUAAUAUAUUGGCUUUAUGUGAAAGAAGUUCUAUUAAUCGUGAUAAUGCUAGAUAUGAUGACGCUUGGAAAGAUAUUGAAAAAGUUUUAUCCCCUACACUUAUCACCAAUGAAAUUAGUGUUAGUUAAUAAAAGUUUUUACUAUAGUGAACUCUUUUAGUCAUAUAAUUUGUAUUUCUUGAAUAUUUAUUUUUGACUUUAGAUGGUUUGAAUUAAAUAAAUAAAAAAGAAUUAACCAAAAAUCUGUCUAAUCAAGGUGUUAUUUAUUUGGUUACGGUAUUAUACUUUAUUUUUUUUUCCAUUUCCGUACCUGUUUCUCUGGAUGUAUAUAUUACGGAAUAUCUAAGACUCUCUUAAGAAAAGGUAGACAAGGAAAAUUUAAUUUUAACAGAGAUACAUAGAACUCCUGAACAAUCGAGAUUCGAGACCACUUUUGUCAAAUAUUAAUAUAGAUAUUUAGUAUCACAAAUAAAUCGUCCAAUCUCCACAAUUAAGCAGUGCACCAACAGUAGAUGAUCUUCAAAUUCCAAGGAGAUAGGAUUCAGUGAGAACAACUCCAACCGGACAUUACCUCCUAACGUGUAAAGUUCACAAAAGAA